AUGUCCCCCCCUCCCUCCUCCCCCUCCUCAAAUUACCUCACUACCCUCGGCCUCGGCUACGCCAUAGCCAUCGCCCUCGGCUUCCUCGUCCUCCUCUCCACCCUCCUCCUCGCCUCCUACAUCUGCUGCCGCGUCUCCCGCCGCUCCCAAACCCAAACCCGAACCCGAACCCAAAACCCCAACUCCUCCUCAGAAGGUGUCAUCCUCCCCCGCAUCAUCUUCGUCGCCGAAGACGACGACCUCGAGAACCCACAAAACGACGAUGACAACAACUCCGCCGCCGGGCUCCACCACAACGUCAUCAACUCCUACCCGAAGUUCCCGUUUUCCAAGGAGCUCGGGGGCGGCGACGCGUCCACGUGUUCCAUCUGCCUCUGCGACUAUCGGGAAUUCGAGAUGCUGAGGAUGAUGCCCGAGUGCCGGCAUCACUUUCACCUCUUGUGCCUCGACGCCUGGCUCAAGCUCAACGGCUCCUGCCCCGUCUGCCGGAACUCGCCGCUCCCGACGCCGCUGUCGACGCCGCUGCAGGAGGUCGUGCCGCUGAGCCAGCACGCCGCCGAUCGGAGAUGGAGGAGCCUUGUACAGUUUCUGGAAAUGCUUAAAUCUGUAGAAGUUGAUGUAACAGUGAUCUCUUUUCAGGUCAUUGAGAUAGAUAUGAGGAAACCAAGUGUUGUGAAGUUGGGAACAUGGAGAGGAGUUCAGAGGUCAAUUUUCAUAUUGGGUAGUUUUGCUCUUCUCAUCUCUAUUGUUACAUUAGCAUCCAAAUUCUACUCUCUCAAAUCAUUUCAUGUUACUGAUACCAUCUGCAAUUAUGUAAAUACUGAUAGUCAAAGCAGGAUUGGCAGUCAUGUAAGAAUCACUCUUGAAACUGUGAUUCAGAAACUCCAACAGGAACUUAACAAGUUCAGAGAUUCAACAACAGAUUCGUCGUCAUCUGCGCAUUUGUUGAAGCACAGUUCGUUUCUUGCUGAUAUUUUGGGAUUAGUCGAGUCGGUGCACGAAUCUCUGGUGCAGAACGAAGGGACGGCUCAGAAGUUAGGCAAUGAUGUCAAAGACAUCCAUCCUCUGCUAAAACCGAAGCAACAAUCCGAUGAGCCUGCGGACUACUUUCUGAUAGAAGAGAUUCGGAAGUAUGUCAAGAUCAAACCGAACAGAUUGGGAAAGCAGAAUUUCAUGGGAGCUAAUGGGACUUUCACUAGCAUUGGCCAUGCUUGCUUUGCUAUGAAGAAAGAACUUGAAGAAUACAUGACCUAUGACAUUGGUGAUAUCUGCAAUGAUGACUGGAAGCUAGCUCAGAAGCUCAUGGUUCAUGGAUGUGAUCCACUUCCGAGGAGGAGGUGCUUCUCUAUUGCCCCAAAGAUAUAUAGCAAGCCAUUCCCAAUUACUGAGUCCUUGUGGAAGCUCCCGGACAACAGAAAUGUGCGGUGGAGUCACUAUCGGUGCAAGAACUUUACUUGCCUCGCAAGUAAUUCCGCUCCCAAGGGGUUCUUCAAAUGUGCAGAUUGCUUCAAUCUGUCACACCAUGAAAUGCCUAGAUGGAUGAAACUAAAUGCAGACCAGAAUUUGAAUCAGACUGCGGAUUUUCUUAUUCCUGAAGUGCUUCAGAUCAAGCCGGGGGAGAUCAGAAUCGGACUGGAUUUUAGCGUAGGCACGGGGACUUUUGCAGCUAGGAUGAGGGAGUUCAAUGUCACCAUUGUCUCGGCAACAAUCAAUCUCGGGGCACCUUUCAACGAAAUGAUAGCUCUUCGUGGACUCGUCCCUCUUUACUUGACAAUCAAUCAAAGGCUACCAUUCUUCGACAACACUUUGGAUUUGAUCCACACCACAAGAUUUCUUGAUGGCUGGAUUGAUUUUGUGCUGCUAGACUUUGUUCUGUUUGAUUGGGAUAGAGUUCUGAGGCCUGGGGGUUUGCUUUGGAUUGACAGCUUCUUCUGUGUGAAGGAAGAUUUGAAUGAUUAUUUGGAGUCCCUGAAGAUGCUGAGGUACAAGAAGCACAAAUGGGUUAUUGUUCCAAAGAUUGAUAAAGAUGAUGACAAAGAGGUUUUCUUUUCUGCUGUUCUAGAAAAGCCACCUAGACCAUUCCGGUAA